CCGAGACCAGGCCAAGUUCUUGGUUUAGUAGGAACCAACGGUAUCGGAAAAAGUACUGCGCUGAAAAUUCUGGCUGGCAAGUUGAAACCAAAUCUUGGACGCUACGACGAUCCUCCGGAUUGGCAAGAAAUUCUGAAAUACUUUCGUGGAUCGGAGCUACAAAACUACUUCACCAAAGUUCUUGAAGACAACCUCAAAGCGCUCAUUAAACCCCAAUAUGUCGACCAUAUCCCGCGAGCGAUAAAGGGUUCUAUGACCGUCGACAAGAUGCUCGAUUCCAAGUUAGAGCUGGAUAAUAAGCAGCGGAUGUGUGACGAACUAGAGCUGAAUGAGGUACUUCAGCGCGAAGUUUCGCAGUUGUCGGGCGGCGAGCUGCAGAGAUUUGCCAUAGCAAUGUCUUGCAUACAGAAGGCCGACGUUUACAUGUUCGACGAACCUUCCAGUUAUCUUGAUAUCAAACAGCGUCUAAGGGCUGCCGAAGUCAUACGAUCUCUCCUCACCCCCGAUUGUUAUGUCGUUGCUGUUGAACAUGAUCUCUCAGUCCUUGACUACCUUUCCGAUUUCGUUUGCUGUCUUUACGGCAAACCUUCAAUGUACGGUGUAGUCACCAUGCCCUCCUCUGUCCGAGAAGGAAUUAAUAUCUUCUUGGACGGUUUCAUUCCUACCGAAAACUUGCGUUUCCGUCAGGAAUCAUUGUCUUUCAAGAUGGUAGAGACCGCCGAAGAAAUUAUGGUCGAUAAAACUCGACAUUACACUUACCCUUCAAUGACUAAAACCCUCGGAUCCUUCAAACUCACUGUUGAAGCAGGUUCUUUCACCGACUCCGAAAUCAUUGUUAUGUUGGGAGAGAACGGUACUGGAAAGACGACAUUCGUCCGUCUCUUGGCUGGUGACACUCCUGAUAUCGAAACCGACAAACAGACGCUAUCAGUAUCCCUCAAACCCCAGACAAUAUCGCCCAAGUUCCCCGGUACCGUUCGGAUGUUAUUAUUAAAACGGAUUAAACAGGCUUUCAUGCACCCUCAAUUCCAAACUGAUGUCUUGAAACCAAUGAACUUGGAGGCUAUCAUGGACCAGGAUGUGAAAACGUUGUCAGGAGGGGAGUUGCAAAGAGUGGCUAUCGUUUUAGCAUUGGGAAUGUCCAACGUCAGCGUGUAUCUGCUUGACGAACCCAGCUCUUUCCUGGACUCUGAGCAACGUAUCAUUGCAAGCAAGGUCAUUAAAAGAUUCAUCCUUCACGCUAAAAAGACUGCCUUCGUCAUUGAACACGAUUUCAUCAUGGCUACCUACCUUGCAGAUCGUGUCAUCGUCUUUGAGGGUGAACCUGCUAUUAGAGCAACCGCCACCCCACCACAAUCGCUACUCACAGGAAUGAACCGCUUCUUAGCCUCGUUAGAAAUCACUUUCCGACGUGAUCCAACGAACUUCCGACCACGGGUUAACAAGUUGAACAGUAUCAAAGACCGAGAGCAGAAGGCUGCGGGCAACUACUUCUUCCUCGAGGAUUAA